AUGAAUGCUAGCAUUGAUUUAUAUACUAUGUCGAUAGAAUACGCCUUUGGUCGUUCACUUGAAAUUAUACGUGAUUUGAUACAUGGUAAUGGGCUUAUGUCAUCAACUCUGUCAAGUAUCACCGUUGAUUUGGAUUAUGACAAAAAUUUAACAAUUUAUCCACGGUACAAAAUAUAUGAAGAAGGUCCAGAUGGAGGUAACUGUUCGUGUCAUGAUUCACCUAGCUGCAACGAAAAACAAUACGUUUAUUCUAAUUUUAAUAAGGAUAGUCGAAAUUUCUCUGUACCAGGAUUAGUAAUCGGUUGUUAUGGUUUUGAAGCACUGUUACAAUCAAAUUUAAUUUGUUUUUUUAAUCAAUCUUGUAUUGACGAUCUUCGUGCAGCUAUUUUAUUCAAGGAUAAUUUCACUACUUCAGCACUUGAUCAGUCGAAGUUGUUUUAUUUUAAUCCGAAUAGCACAAUCAGAAGUAUGAUGGAAAAAGCUAUGGUUGAAAAAUGGGUAAAUAGUAGUAAUUAUGACGAAUAUUAUAAUCAAUGCCGUCCGAUUUAUUGCAAAUACACAUAUAAAAACAAAAAUAAUACUAUCUAUAUUAUUACGACAUUAUUUGCUUUGAUUGGUGGAGUUUCCACUGUACUUAAAUUUACUGUCCCUCGAUUUGUCAAAUUAAUUCGAAAAAUUCUACUUAAACGGCAACAACGACGUACUGCAAUCGAUACAGUUGCGUGA